AUGGCUGAAGUAUUACAAAUAGAUGGAAGUGUGCUAGAAGGGGGAGGACAAAUACUCCGUAUGUCUAUUUCUUUGAGUGCCAUCCUAGGGAUACCCGUCAGAGUCCAAAAUAUUCGCGCCGGCCGGAGUAAACCAGGAUUAGCCGCACAGCAUUUAAAAGGGAUACAAUUACUUGCAGAAAUGUGCCAAGCUCAAUUAAAAGGAGCCAGCAUUGGAUCCACAGAGAUUGAAUUCAUACCUGGUGAAAUUAAAGGAGGACAUUAUGUAGCUGAUACAAAAACAGCUGGAUCAAUAAGUCUAUUACUUCAAGUAGCAUUACCUUGUGCACUGUUUGCUGAUUCACCUGUUAUAUUGGAUCUCAAAGGAGGCACUAAUGCAGAUAUGGCUCCUCAGAUAGAUUACAUGGAAAGAAUAUUCAAAAAUGUUCUUAGAGAAUUUGGUGCCGUUUUUCGAAUGAAUAUCUUGAGGAGAGGAUACUAUCCAAAAGGAGGCGGCCAUGUGUGGGUGGAAAUAACUCCAAUACACUCAUUAAAAAGUGUGAGACUGACAGAAAGAGGACAAGUGAAAGAUAUCACUGGGAUGAGUUUUGUAUCAGGCGUGCUGCCAGUUAAGUUAGCACACACCGUAGCAGAAGGGGUGCGGCAGGAACUAGGCGAGUACAAAGUAAAGAUACACAGCUACAAGGAGGAUCAGAACAUUGCUCCAGACAGCUGUAGUGGGAUCGUUUUAUCCUGCAAUACCACGACUGGGUGCGUGUUGGGCAACGACGCGCUGGGCAGCCGCCGCGCCGGCCCGCGGGAGGUGGCCAGGAAGGUCAGCAGCGAGCUGAAGAACAUUCUAGAUAGCGGAGCCUGCGUUGAUCCACAUUCACAGGACCAAGUGAUAAUCUACAUGGCGCUAGCGUCUGGCGAGAGCGCGGUGCGCGCUGGUGACAUCACUUUGCACACUCGGACCGCUAUUUAUAUCAGUGAAAUGAUUGCCAAGGUGAAAUUCAACAUUCGACACGAAGGGGAUCAGAACCUAAUUGAAUGCAGCGGCUUAGGCUUUGUAAAUAAGCAUAUAAGUGAUAAA